GGGACUAUCUCAGUGAUUCCUCAUCAGUCCACUACAACAUACAGUUAUACAUUAACAGGUCUACACAGUGGAGUGAAUUAUACAAUCACUGUGAUAGCUGGUAAUGUACUAGGAGGAUCUAACCCUGUUUCUAUGAUAAUGGAAACAAUGUCAUCAAUUCCUACUGGUGUGCCUGAUUCUUUGACUUUAAUAAAGCCUAUGAAUAAUCUCACUUGGAAUGACCCCAAUUGCUCUAAACACAAUGGUCUAAUUAUGAGCUAUACAGUGUUGAUCAGUAACAGUAGCAUUGAUUAUAACCUCACCAGUUUUGAGAAAUGUAUCAUAUUGAAUGAUCUAGUAUUUGGUACUGAUUAUAACAUCAGUGUAGCUGCUGUCAAUUCUGUUGGAAGAGGUCCCUUCAGUGAUCCUAUUGUAGUAGAGAUUGGAAUAAUACCUGGUCCAGUUGGAUCACUAUCAAGCAUCAUGGGCUCUACAUGGUCUGUUAUUUCAUGGAGUGUACCCAGUUUCAUUCCACAAGACUAUCCCAUUAUCACAUAUGAAAUAGGUUAUCUGUCUGAUAACUGUUCAACUUUAAAUGAUGAUGACAUCUAUAAUCAAUCAUUGAAUCAGUAUAAUGUGUCCAGUAGUAGUACACUAGCUAACAUUACUGGUCUGAAGCACACUUCCUGUUAUAUUUUUGGUGUACGUGCAUACACUACUAAUGGAUGUGGAAAAUGGACAGUUAUUACUAGUGAGACUCUGCCACAUCAAGCUCCAGAAUCUGGACCAGGGAAAGCAGCAGGAAAUAUUAAGUCUGAUGAGAAUGCGUUUGGAGCUUCAUUGGCAGCUUCUGGAUUCAUAAUAAUAAUUUUAGUGCUAUUGAUAGUGGCCAUUUUAUUAAAGAGAAAAUUAUCAAAACCUAGAAAGCAUCAUAUUAAAGGCUCUUUAUCAGAAAUUCAAGAAAAUCGAGCAUCAACUACACUAGUUAAUGAAACUGAAUUAGAGAGUGUUAUAUCCUAUGUUACUAUUGCCAGCUUUGUUCCACAAAUCCCUCUUACUCUACCCAUAUCACUGGAUGACCUGGCUGCACACAUAGCAACUUGUUAUGAUAGCAAUGCAUUUGAAGAGCAGUUCAAAAAUCUUUAUGAUGAAGAAAAGCCAUGUGAUGUUGGAAAAAGCAAUGAAAAUAAAGCUUUGAACAGAUUGAAAAACAUCACUGUUUAUGAUGACAACAGGAUAAUUUUGACUCCUCUUUCUCACUUGGAGUGUCAAACAGAAUAUAUUAAUGCUAAUUUUGUUGAUGGAUACAGUAGUAGUAAGAAGUUUAUUACCACACAAGGCCCAAUGAAGGACACAUUAGUUGAUUUCUGGCGGCUUAUUUGGCAGGAAAGGCCAGUCUCUAUUGUGAUGUUAACCAAACUGAAGGAAGGAGGAAAAAGCAAAUGCAGACAAUACUGGCCUAACUCAACAUCUGAAGUAAAGGAAUUUGGACCAUUCAAUGUAAUCUUACAAAAUACACAAACUUAUCCUGAUUUAUUUAUCCGCAAACUUAGUAUAACAAUACAAGAUGAAUCUAGUGAUAGUCAUACACUGAUUCAGUAUCAAUUAACCUCAUGGCCUGAUCAAGGAGUACCUGACUAUGCUACAUCCUUCAUGUCCCUCUACAGAAGAGUCAUAAACAAUUGGUCUCUUUCCAAAGGCACCAUUCUGGUCCACUGUAGUGCUGGUGUAGGCCGUACUGGUGUAUUCAUUGCUGUGGACAUAGCCCUGGAACAAGCUAAAAAAGAGAAAGUAGUAGAUAUUGCUGGUAUUGUUAAUAGACUCAGACAACAGAGAAUGAAAAUGGUUCAGUCACUAGAUCAAUAUUUGUUUCUUCAUGAUGCUUUGCUAGAGGAAAUCAUUUGUGGAAAGACCGAGAUACCAAUUGAGAACUACAGCCUGGCAGUAGAGAGACUAAAAAAGAAUAAUCGAAAGACUAAUAGUACAAAAUUGGAGGCACAAUAUAAUUUAUUAUAUCAAUUGACUCCGGAUCCUAAUGAUGUAGACUGUAAAUCUGCCAAAGCUCAUGCUAGCAAGAACAGAUCAAAUAAUUACUUACCUCCUGACAAGUUUAUUGUAGCACUUAAAGAGACUGAUGGUUACAUAAAUGCAUCAUACCUCAAUAGUUAUAGGGGGAAGAAUGCAUUCAUUUUAGCUCAAAGUCCAAUGGAGAACACUGUGAGGGACUUUUGGAAAAUGAUAGUAGAUUGUAAAGUGUCUGUUAUUAUCAUGCUAUGUGGAGAAGAAGAUUGCUGCUAUCAAUAUUGGAUUGAUUCAAUGACAUACGAUGAGUUUGUUGUGAAAGUUAGUAGUGAGACAAAUGCAAGCGGUUACAUAGAAAGAAAACUCAAAGUUUCCAUUGAUAAAGAGAGCAGAAGUGUAUUACAAUUACAAGUGACAGAUUGGCCUCAAGAUGGAGUUGUUAGAGAGCCAAGCACAAUCCUAAAAAUAAUUGAUGAAGUGAGAGAGAAGCAAAAAAGUGGAAAGAAAGGGCCAGUAGUGGUACAUUGUAGUGAUACAGUGAGUCGUUCAGGAGUCUAUUGUUCAGUGAGUAUUGCUCUAGAACAGUGUAAUGCAGAAGGUGUAGUGGAUGUGUUUCAAGUGACUAAAGCUCUCAGAAGGAGUAAACCAGGAGCUAUCACUACACUGGAGCAGUAUACUUCUAUAUACGAUGUGGUUGAUUUGUACCUUCAAACUACAUACCCACAAUGAUAAUUAAUUUUACUUGAUCAUAAUCAAUUUUGUUCUACAUGCACAGUACAUAUUGGUAGACUAUAAUGUACAUGACAAAAUUAUAAUUAAUAAUUAAUAAUUCUUUUUGUUCUGAAGCAACCAGCUA